UCUACUGUGCAGAAGAACCUGCUCCUCGGCCCUACCUGUUCCUCGGUCCAGAGGUGCCCUGCUUUCACCGGCUGUCUUCUGUCCCCAGCAUCUUCAGUAGCUGUGCUAUGUCUGCAGUCUCUGGUCAUCUCCUGUACUGUGUCCACAGUCUCUGGUCAUCUCCUGUACUAUGUCUGCAGUCUCUGGUCAUUUCCUUUACUGUGUCCGCAGUCUCUGGUCAUCUCUUGUGCUAUGCCCACAGUCUCUGGUCAUCUCCUGUACUAUGUCCGCAGUCUCUGGUCAUCUCCUGUACUGUGUUCACAAUCUCUGGUCAUCUUCUGUAGUAAGUCUGCAGUCUCUGGUCAUCUCCUGUACUAUGUCCGCAGUCUCUGGUCAUUUCCUGUACUGUGUCCGCAGUCUCUGGUCAUCUACUAUACUAUGUCCGCAGUCUCUGGUCAUUUCCUGUACUAUGUGCGCAGUCUCUGGUCAUCUACUAUACUAUGUCCGCAGUCUCUGGUCAUCUCCUGUACUGUGUCCGCAGUCUCUGGUCAUCUCCUGUACUGUGUCCGCAGUCUCUGGUCAUCUCCUGUAGUAUGUGCGCAGUCUCUGGUCAUCUCCUGUACUGUGUCCACAGUCUCUGGUCAUCUCCUGUACUAUGUCUGCAGUCUCUGGUCAUCU